AUGUGUUUAGCGAUAAACUUUGUCUCAUUCUCUCGGCUUUACCGUUGGCAUGCCGCAAACAUCAGGCAAUAUCUGUGUCUCUUUCCAUUUUUAGAGCAAUGCUAUGAAAUAGUAUAUACCAAUAUCUAUCGAUCUAUCUAUCUAUCUAUCUAUCUAUCUAUCUGUAUACUCUUUUCUGUUUAUAUCUAUCUAUCUAUCUAUCUAUCUAUCUAUCUAUCUAUCUGUCUUUUUAUUAUCUAUCUGUCUUGUUCGUUCAUAUCUAUCUAUCUAUCUAUCUAUCUAUCUAUCUAUCUAUCUAUCUAUCUAUCUAUCUCAGUUUUUUUAUCAUCUGUCUUGGUCUAUCUAUCUAUCUAUCUAUCUAUCUAUCUAUCUAUUUAUCUAUCUCAGUCUGUUCCUAUCUAUCACAGUCUGUUCAUGUCUAUCUAUCUAUCUAUCUAUCUAUCUAUCUAUCUAUCUAUCUCAGUCUGUUCAUAUCUAUCUCAGUCUAUUCAUAUCUAUCUAUCUAUCUAUCUAUCUAUCUAUCCAAUUAUAACCAGACGGAAAGUGCUACGAUUGUUUUUCCUCGGUAGAUCACAUGGAAUUUUUCCAUAUCACCGUUCGACUCCAAGAACCUAG